AUGUCGAAAUCUUCUGGAACUUCCCGGUAUCCAGGUUUGACGCCUACAAAGGAUAAUCUCGACGCGGAGCAAUCGGUGCAACAUGAGUACCUUGCUAAUAUUACGAAGAAAGUCUACAAUGGUACGAUUGUCACGCAAAAUCCAGACGAAUCGAUGGCAGGUCCGUUUAAUAUCUUACUCUACACACCCACCAUGGCACAACCGUGGUGUAAUCUUCAACUCGCAACAGCAGGCCUACUUCCGCCAGUUGAGGCGGAAUCAGCCGUCUUAGGCGUCCUAUCGAUAACCCGUGCAGUCUAUGGAAUCUACGCACACACCAUUCUCGCUCAGAAAGCCGGAUUUACUCUGUCCCAAGUGGAAGCUAUGCUUGCAGGCGAUUGUCCUUCAGAUAUCACUGAGCGGCAGUCAGCUAUUUUCAAGCUGGCGGUAAAGCUGGCUCAAAUGAGAGGGCCACUUGACUCCGUAUCAUUCAACGAAGCGCUUUUUGUGCUUGGGAGGGAUGGUGUCACGGCUGCUAUUCAGCAGUCCGCGGCUUUUAUGCAUGCUGCUAUUCUUUUAAAUGCUGCGGAUGUGGGUUUGCCUAACAGUGUAGAGUGA